CCUCUCAGUGCGACGCGCUUCAUUCAGUCCGAGCGCCACUUCUUCAGAAAAGUGAUUUACGGAGAAACAAAAGUGAGCCGAACUUGACAAGCGACAAGUCGAGAACUCACAAGUCCGUUCUUUCUUUUUUAUUUUUUCGUUUUCAUCCUCAGUUACCUUGUUUAUAUAUAUAUUUGUUUUUGUCCCGUCUACCUUUGGACACGGUGAUGCGUGCCGGUGGUGCUCUCCGUACUGAAGGAUACCUGCGGUGAUGGGUCGGUCCGCGAGAUGAGCAGCGGGCGGUGUGGGGGUGCCAGGGGCGCACGAGCAAGUCUGGACGCAUAGGCAACGCGGUGAGAUAGGAACGGGACCGCCUCAUGUGUCGGGCCUCCUCUGUGUUCUGGUCCCCACCGACCCCCACCCUCCCAGCGUCAGUGGGAUGUCCCAGGUGUGUCUCCUCUUGGCCUUGCUUAUGCUCUGCAGCUGCAAAAAGGUCUCCUCGACUAACUCCCUGGAGCUCGUGAAGGAGCAUUGGAGCAGCUACAAGAACCAGUGCCUGGACUACCACAAUGCCACGCCCCCCGCCACAGGGCUGGUGUGUAAUAGGACCUUUGACCUGUACGCCUGCUGGCCUGAUGGACUCCCAGGAACCACUGUCAAUGUCUCCUGCCCAUGGUUCCUGCCAUGGUACCGUAAAGUUCAGCAGGGUCUGGUCUACAGAUUCUGCAAUGAAGAGGGUCAAUGGGCGCAAAAGAACACCAGCGAAUGUGAGGACGACCCUGGGGAGCAGCAGUAUGGCCGCAUCCUCAGUCAGUUACGGAUCAUGUAUACAGUGGGCUACUCACUCUCCCUGGGAGCUCUGCUACUGGCCUUGGGAAUCCUCAUCACCUUCAGGAAGCUCCACUGUAUGAGGAACAACAUCCACAUGAACCUGUUUGCCUCCUUCAUCUUGAAAGCCGUGUCCAUCCUGGUCAAAGACGCCCUGCUGUCCCUCACACUGGAACCCAGGAGCAGCAAUGACACCCGGACACAAGCCUGGGUCAACAUACCGGCUGUCACGUGGUGCCGCGGUGCCAUGGUGAUGAUGCAGUACAGCGUGAUGGCCAACAACUAUUGGCUGCUGGUGGAGGGCAUCUACCUGCACAGCCUGCUCGUCAUCACUGUGUUCAGCGAGAGGAAGUACUUCUACAUUUAUCUGGCCAUUGGCUGGGGCGCACCGCUCUUAUUCGUGUUGCCGUGGAUCACGAUGAAAUAUCUGUAUGAGAACGAGGAGUGCUGGGAGAGGAAUAUCAACAUGGGAUACUGGUGGAUCAUCCGCUCUCCGAUAGUGUUUGCUUAUCUGAUUAACUUCUUCAUAUUCAUACGAAUUAUCAAAAUCCUGAUGUCUAAACUCAAAGCUCAUCAGAUGAGGUACACUGACUACAAGUUCAGAUUAGCAAAGUCCACUCUGACUCUUAUUCCUUUGCUCGGGAUUCACGCCAUCCUCUUCACCUUCGUCAUCGACGAGUCCGUCCCUAAAGGCUCCAUGCUGCGCCUCAUUCGCCUCUUCUGUGACCUGCUGUUCAACUCCUUCCAGGGCCUGCUGGUUGCCAUUCUUUACUGCUUCGUCAACAAAGAGGUGCAGUCAGAGAUACUGAAAAAGUGGAAGCGGUGGAAGCUGGGUAAGGACAUCGAUGAGGAGUACCGUCACACCCACAGCCACACGCCGCACCUCAAGAGCGGCAGCAUCGGCACCGGCAAUCCACCCUAUCUCCAUGAAGACAACGCCAGCGACCCUGGUGGUGACUCGCCUCGCCUCAAUGAAGCGGACAGAGAACCCUCGUGCUCCGCCGCACCUGAGGAGAACCGCACACUAGUCGUCUGCUACAGCAACGGGGCGGGGAAAGGCGGGCCCGCCAACAGCAAGCACACCCUGCAGUUGUCUUUCCUGCCACACCGAGGCGCCGGCAGUCAUGUGAGCGCUGCCACAGAGGACGUGUGUCUGGAGGAGAGGGUGCAGUGUGGCACAUACCCCCUGGAAGGAGAGGAGACUAAUGUCUGAGGACGACCUGCUCUGAGGCCCGAAAACUCUCCCUGAUUGUGCUUAUCGGUGUUUCAGAUCAGUGUUCGUCAUGUGCCCACAAGACAGCCUGAGCGGGAAGAGAACGAGGAAGUAACCCACGCAGAUCAGGAUCUUUGAACCUGCCCAGCUGCAAAUUAAUAUUUAUUGAUUUGGGGACGUUAAUUGAAAAAGCACUUUUUGACUUGAGACAUUAGGAAUGCUAAAAAAAAAAAGAAACUCUAGUGGUGUCCAGGGUGAUUACGUGAGUGUGUGUGUGUGUGUGUGUGUUUGUGGAGGACUGCUAUUUCGACACCAACCCUGCUCACACCUUUCCAUAUGUAGCCUCCCGCUGUUGUCGUUGUGAGUCACACUGGUGUUGUCUGUCUGUUUGCAGCAAUGGAUGCUUUUUACUCCUAAAAGGAAACUCUCAAAAGUCUCAAAUUCAUUUUAUUUUAAUUUUUGCACACAUGAAACUGAAGGUGGACUUGAGCAUGCGUGACUCAUGUCUUGUUCAUCAGGAUUGAAGGCGGAACUGAGAGACCACUGACUCACACGGUUCGUGCUGAGGUAGAGAGGAUGGAAUCCUCUUCAGAGAGACUGUGAUGUGUAAGUUAUUCUGGUUUUAAAUGGACAAAGCCAAACAGGAAAUAAUAAUAUACCAUGAUUCUACAUCAAAUCCACUAUUUCAUGCACAUUCCUUCCCUCCCUUUUUAUCUAUAAUUCCCUUCUUUCGACAGCUUCUCCUGACUGAAUGUAUGUGAACAAUGGAUAAAUAUUGGUGAAACAAUAUUUAAGUGUAUAUAUGUAAAUAGGAAUAUGCCAACAGCACUUGCUUUUAUCCAGCGAGGACACUUUAAUUUAAUUCUUGAUUUCUCUUCCUUGACACGCAUUUAGUAAAUUGGAUGAAAAACAAUUUGGCAAUCGUGAUAUUUGGUGUUUCAUAUGAACUCAAGUACCUCCAGGUUACCAAUCUUCAAUCUGCUCCAAUCAUGUCCACACAGCCUCACGCUGUUUCAGUCAUACAGCAUUCUGGAGGAAAACACAGAACAAGAAGAAGUCCUUUGAUGUGCCAGAAAGGUUUUUAGUUUCAUGAUAUAUUGAGUGAACAUGUUUUGUUGAAAAGAGCACCAUAUUAACAACAGAGGAGCCAGCUGAUUAUUGAUUUUUGUUUUUCUUCUAACGGAUCGGAUCAGGCCUCAUAUUUCAUGACUCUGAAAGCAAAAUGUGCCACACAGAACCACUUUUAUAAUCUUGGAUUAAGAAAAUUGGCAAACUAAAACAAGGAUUGGUGUUUUAAAACAUGAUUCAGUUCAGAAACGGGCCGGAUUUAACUGUCGGUAUAGUUUUACAAAUAUGACUGAUUUCAGUCGCCGGAGAACGAACUAGGAUUUCCACAAAGGUAUUAAUGAUGAACUUCUUGAUCAAAGAUUGUAAACAAAUAUUCAGUUUGGUGUGCAAGAGAGAGCACUGUACUCUGUAAAUAUUGCUAAAGCUAUUAUAACGACAAGGACGGGGGUGGAGGGAUGUGUAUACUGUGUUUUUGCUUGCAGUCCAGGUGACUCAAAAAUUAGAAUAAACUUGACAAAUUAUCUUGAGAAAAGACUCAAAACAUGAUUGUACCUGUGCUUGUGUUUAAAGUGUUGCAAUUUUCAGAAUGGGUCCAAAGCAAACAAUGUCACGAGAGUUUUACAUAAAAGCUAUAAAUGUUUGCAUCUCAUACGUCUCCUUGGGUCCAUUUAAACAAAGUGUCAGCAUAUUGUGUCCAUUCAACAUAUGAGAGAGAGACAUUAGUGUCAUUCCUCCACAGUCAUGCAGUGCGUCUACAGGCUGUGAGCUGACCGGCUUUUGAGCAAAAACAGUAAGUCGAGUAAGUAAACUCUGGAAAAACAUGCUUCAAAUUUGGCUGAAAAAUUAGACAAAUGAAUUAAUCUGUGUGUGCAGUUAUCUCACAUCACGGUCGACCGCAAAGCCCAUCAGUGGACUUACUAUCAAUCGACACACAUGUUUCCAUUGGACACGACUGCAACAUGAAAUUAUAACGACUCCUCUGUGUGUUGUUGGAGGAUAAUAAGUUCCCAGCCCAUGAAUUAUGCAUGUCCCCGAUAACGUGCGUGUACGUGUGUUCUUGUGUGUGAUUGAUCUGGAAAUCUCUCUGAAACACC